ACCACUGCAGUGCAAUGGCAACCUAGACAUCAUGAUCAUCACUGUAUGGAAUUGGCGCUUCGGUGUCCGCCUUUCCCUGGCAUGUUCACUGCUUCAAGUGACCUUCGGACUGGUUGGCUUUCUGCGUCGUUCCGGCGUUCAGGGGCAGGUGACAGUGGGAGAAGUGAGCAAGGAGACGGUGGAACUCUUGUUACCAGCGGAUUGCCGCCUCGUUCAAGUCUGCACUCAAGUCUGGGACGUAAAGAAUGGCGAGUUCGACGAAAGUGAAAAUUGUUCGCUGACAAAUUCGUCAAUCAUGGCCGAUAAGGGGCACGCAUACCUUGCAGACCUAGAACCGUGCACUACCUACAGGAUCGCGGUGCAGGCCCUCAAUGAUACCGUCUCGACCUGGCUGGGCCAGGUCGACGUCUUCACCUUCGACAUGAAUCAUAAAGCAUAUACGAUUGUAAGGGACGUGCUCGUCGACCCAACCAACGCCACGACCGUGGACGUGACCUGGAGCCCGCUGACGGCUGGCACACUGGGACUCCGCGUCCCCAUCGAGCAGUGCGUCCGGGGAUACGUCGUGAGGGCGUUCCUAAAGGAACUAAGGUAUCUCGAACCCAAGAAGGCCGUCGUCAUCGCAGUGGAGGGAACCGAGUCUUCCCAUGCCACGGUGCCGGGCCUCUUGCCGUGCACGGAGUACCUCAUCCAGGUGAAGGCCAGCCUCCAGACACAGGGGUGGUCGGCGGACAUAGAUUGGCCGAUACUGCAAUCUCAGGCAGUGCCCGCCAAGAUGCCGGGAGGUGACCAGAAGUAUGAAAAAGAAGAAUCCUCGGAUGUUUUUAAAGACUUUCGCAGUCUUAAAAGCAGAUUCAGACCAUCCAGACAAAAAGUUGACAGGGGUGACUGA